AUGGUUCUGACCUUUGUGGGUACAAAACCUGCACCGGUUGUUGCUUCCUACACGUCUAGAGGUCCUUCACCAAGCUAUCCAGGCAUCCUGAAGCCGGAUAUAAUGGCCCCAGGAACAAACAUCAUAGCCGCUUGGCAUGCAGAUGGUUAUUCAGCAAAAAUUGGUUUAAACAUAUACUUGGUUAAUGAUUUCAAUGUUGUCUCAGGUACAUCCAUGGCUUGUCCUCAUGCUUCUGGGAUUGCCGCACUUCUAAAAGGUGCACACCCAGAAUGGAGUCCUGCAGCUAUUCGUUCUGCAAUGAUGAUCACAGCAAAUCCAUUCGAUAAUACACAGAAUCUUAUCAAGGACAAUUGUCAAAAUUUCGAAAUUGCUACACCUCUAGCCAUGGGAGCGGGACAAGUUGAUCCAAACUGCGCACCUGAUCCAGGUUUGAUAUAUGAUGCUACUCCACAAGACUACGUUAAUCUCCUCUGCUCCAUGAAUUUCACUCAGAAUCAAAUCUUAACCAUAACCAGAUCAAACAGUUAUCCUUGCUCAAACCCGUCUGCUGAUCUGAAUUAUCCAUCAUUCAUCGCUUUGUUCUCUAACAAAACAAUGGGGAACGACAUAUUGAUUCAGAAAUUUCAGACUGUCACAAAUGUAGGGGAUGGUGCAACGACAUAUAAGGUGGAGGUGGCGGCACCAAAGGGGACUGUAGUCAUGGUAUCGCCGGACAAAAUGGUGUUCGGACAAAAGUAUGAAAAGCAGAGAUACUCUGUGACUACCCAUUAUUCAGGUGGCAAGAAUGGAACGGUUACAUUUGGUUCUAUUGUUUGGGCUGAAGUUAAUGGGAAGCACACAGUGAGGAGUCCUAUAGUGGUUUCCCCACUGGUAGUUGUUUGA